UGUUUGGAAUUAAGAAAGGCACUAUCAGUAGGAAUAAGCAAUCUCAACUGAUAUAUCAAAAAUUUAUUCUCCCUUCAGAAUCAUAGUUACAACCAGGAUUAGUCUGCUAUUUCUGAUUUCACCCCACUCAGAAAUGCCUAUUAUACAUUGUGCUUUGUCUUUCAGAAGUGCUGUAGGAAAUUUACUCAAAUGUUUAAAACUCAAGUGCUGAAAAUAUAAAGUGUUGAAAAUAUAAAGGAGUUGUAACGCUGUUGUUUUAGCUGGAUCCAUCAUCCACAUCCCAUUUUUUUUAAAGAUUUUAUUUAUUUGAGAGUGAGUGAGAGAGAGCAUGAGCCGGGGGGAGGAGCAGAAGGAGAGGGAGAAGCAGACUCCCCACUGAGCUGGGACCCCGAUUUGGGACUAGAUCCCAGGGUCCUGGGAUCAUGACCUGAGCCAAGAUGCUUAACUGACUGAGCCACCCAGGUGCCCCCACAUCCCAUUUUUAAGAGGACUAAAGUUGGGGCUCCUGGCUGGCCCAGAGAGCAUGCAACUCUUGAUCUCGGGGUCAUGAGUUUGAGCCCUACAUUGGGGGUAGAGAUUACUUAAAACAAAACAAAACAAAAAAAAGACCAAAGUAUCUUCAAAAGCCUUACACUUGUUUUAUUUGGACUUCCUCCCCAGUUGUCACUUACAGGAAGACUCAACGUCCAAAUCCUAAGGAAUACCAAAAAUGGAAUAGAAAACAAAGACACCGACGUGGAAAUAAAAACUGGGAAUCAUUCUGGAACAUUCAUAGUUCUGGCUAUGGCCAUAAAAAGUGACUUCAACAAGACCUUCAGAAGAAUAGCUCGUCUCUUUUACUGGUUCCCCAAAUCACUGACCUGCUCAAAGAAUCGGAAAUCCAAAUUGGUCUGGAGCCAAGGUAGAGAGGGUAAAUAUAUAUGUCAUUCUUACUGCCGAGACCUGGUACAUCUGGAUUAUCCACAGAAUGGGAAAGCACCAAGCCGCGUGCCAGCUCGCGAAGUAAGACAUUCAAGCAAAAAGAAUACUCAGGAUGUGGAGAAAGAGAAGGAGACCCACAAUUACCUCAGCAAAGAGGAAAUCAAAGAGAAAGUUCAUAAAUACAACCUAGCAGUCACAGACAAGUUGAAGAUGACCUUGAAUUCAAAUGGGAUUUACACUGGCUUCAUUAAAGUCCAGAUGGAGCUCUGCAGACCCCCCCAGACUUCUGGAAAGCUCGCUCCCAGUAGCAACGGCUGUAUGAAUACGCUGCACAUCAGCAGCACGAACACCGUCGGGGAAGUGAUCGAGGCCCUGCUCAAGAAGUUUCUCGUGACCGAGAGCCCUGCCAAGUUUGCACUUUAUAAGCGUUGUCAUAGGGAAGACCAAGUCUACGCCUGUAAGCUCUCAGACCGCGAGCAUCCACUCUACCUGCGUUUGGUGGCUGGGCCCAGAACAGACACACUGAGUUUUGUUCUUCGUGAACACGAAAUCGGAGAGUGGGAAGCCUUCAGCCUUCCAGAACUACAGAAUUUCUUGCGCAUCUUGGACAAGGAGGAGGACGAGCAGCUGCAGAGCCUGAGGCGGCGCUACGCGGCCUACCGGCAGAAGCUGGAGGAGGCCCUCAGUGAGGUGUGGAAACCCCGUUAGGCGCCGGCUCCCUGCCGCUCAGGAAGGAGGGGCGCGGAGCCGCGGCCGAGCCGGCAGCCGGCGUCUCGGUGGAGGGCUGGCUUCGCGCCCCGAGAUGCUGGGGCCUCCGCCCUCGAUCCCGAGAUCUAGUUCCCGCCACCUGGUCACGCAGCGCCCCGCGCCUUCGGCCUCUCCUGCCCGGGAUUCUGCCGCUCGGUCUAACAGCCGUGCGGGGUCACCUCGGCAAGCUGUGAAUCUGUGCUCUCAUCUGGAGCAGCCUAGACGGCUUGGAAGCAUGACUCUGGGUUUUGUUUGGUUUAUUUUUAUUCCUUACCUUGUUUUAGUUAAUUAUGUGUUGAUGAAGUUAAGCUUAAGGAUGUGCAAAUGAUUUUUUUUUAAAAGCUUAACAAGGAAUCUAUCUGAAUACUUGUCCUAUGUUGAAACUACCUGUCCAUUUUUUGUUUUGUUUUUAAAUGUCAGAAGCGAUGCAUGUGAAUUGAAAGGCACCGGAAGCUAGGAACUCGGGGGCAUUUGUGAAGGGUUUGGUUAGGAGUUGGACAGAGAACGUGAAGAGCAAGUGUGGAGGAAGGCACCAGUGGAAGUGGGGAGCUCUGCGGGAAUGCGGUUUGGGUGAGGGGUUGAUGGUCGGGGAGAAAGGUGUAUUUGGUUAUAGACCACAUGAAAGCAUUCGGUUUUGAGAUGUUAAACCCAUUGUGGUAUUGACUGAUUUGCUGGAGUAAGAUGUGGGAACAGAGCCAGAGCAAGUAGGAGCUAGACCAAAGGGAGGAACUGGGACGUCCCCGCAGGUGGACCUCGCAGGCCCAGAUGGGGGUGGGGUGGGAAUCCUGCUGCGGGGGCUGCCCUCUCUGGGGACUGGUCCCCGUGCAAGGCGGGGGGUUGGCUUCUCCGGGCAGUGCGGCAAUGACCUAUGGCUAACUCCUUGACCUAUGGCUUACGUUACGGCCCUGGUCUCCCCCAGCCCGGCUGUCUUCUGAGUGGAAAGGAGACUGGGUAGGGGGUGGCAGUUUUCCUGUUAGCUGGGUGAUUUGUCAGGUAGAGAGCUCACUGCCUACUUUUGUGACAAUCACUCCCCUUCUUUACCUGUUUUCCCUUUUUCCUCCCCUUCCCCUUUUCCACCUCCACUCUCCCCUCUUCUUCCUCUGCCUUUCUCUUACAAAUUGCAAUCUGUUUUUAUAUAAGGUAGAAUGGGGAUGUGGAUUAUAGACCCAGGGCCAUCAGAUCCUCCUUCCAAAAGGAGUACUUGACUCUGAGGAGGAAGGUGGCCAGAAAGGGAGGACUCCCCUGCCCCUGCCCCGCCGCCCACGAGCUGACCACACAAGAGGGGUUCUUUCUGGAAAUGCUUUAACAAAAGUGCAUGUUCCUACCAACCAAAGAAAGGCAUGUGCAAUAGAAGCCUUCCUUAAAGCAGGUUAAAUAACCUCAUUUUUUGCAGCAGUCAAUCCGAAAACAAUAGGAAAGCUGUGGUUCUGAAGGGGCCUUAUGAUCUAUUUUUAGUCUAGAUAUAUUUUGUUUAUAAAUUCCCAAGGAAUUGUCAACACUUUGGUGACACCUAAUGGAUUCUUUUUGAAAUUCCAAGGUGCUUCAUUUCUUUGCCUCUUAAGUGAACUGUGCCUUUUAAAAAUUGCAUUUCUGUUCCCCUCUUGGUGGCACUUCUGACUUUUCAGAGAGCACCCAUCUUGUUGGAGGCAGGUGUCCGUGGUGAUCUGCUGUGCACGGUUACUGGUUACUGAGACAGUCCUAUCUUCCUAAGCUUUUUAAGGAGAGUUGGAAAAAAAAAAGUAGAACUAGCUAUAAAAUAUGUGUGGCACAUCUUGUUUAAUUUUGCAUGUAACUUUUUUUUAGUGCAUCGAUGAGGUUUUAGUGACGUCAUCCAGUACUUUACCUUUAUUGUUCAGGGAAUGCCUUCAUGAUUUUUAUACUGGUUUUACUGUUCAGACUGUGGCUUGGGUUUGAGUAUACUGUUAUCAGCCACCUGGUCUUUUAAUUGCCCACCCAGUAAGCUUAUAUUUUGUGAAGCAUUUGUUUCUCAGAAUAAGACACUGUUAGAACCUAAAGUAGUAGCUGAUGGUUAUCUGUGAAUUUUUUUUUUUUUUUUUUUACUUGAAGUAGAUUGUCUAAAAUAGGCAUCGUCCUCUGUAGUACCCAGCACCUCGCUCGUUGUCGUGCGCACUACGAGUUGCAAUUUGGAAAACUUGCUGUAUUGAAAUUCUGUCAGUACUUAGUUCUUGGAAUACUGACGUUCUCUCCCAAACACUGGUUCCUGCAGCAGCAUUUUUCAUGCAUAAAAGAAGAAAGGCCACGAUGGCCAAAGAUUUUUAAAAAUCAUUGUACUAAUUCUUAGGUUAAAUUAAACUAAGCUUUGCUGUAAUACUGUUUUCUCUUCAGUAUGUGAUGGUACCGGAAUGUUGUUAAAAUGAAGGAGGUGGUAUUGCAGGGGAGCAUUUUGAAUCGCAGAAGUAAAAAAGUUAUAAUAUUUAUAAUUUUGAUGAGUUUAUUUUUAUAGGGAAGAUUUUUCUUCCCUGCAGUUGUUUCUGGAAUGGCAAAUUGUUUCCAUUAUUAAAAAUCGAAGUUGUUA